CUGAUUUAAUUUCUUAAAUAAAAUAUGCGGGAACACGACACAAACAAGCAUUGUCGUGCGUGCCUGCAAAAUUUAAUGGAUGACACAUGUGUAUACAAUUUGUUGGAGACACCGAAUCUUCUCAAGCAUUACAUCGUCUGCACGUCAUUAACCGUAGAAAAAGAGGAUGAAUACCCGAAAGUGAUUUGCUCUGACUGCUAUACAAAAAUCACUGAGUUUUAUGAAUUUAAAACGAUGUGUGUGGGUUCCUUGCACAACUUUAAGGAUAUUGUAGCCAAAAGCAUAUUUGAUGAUGAGACACCAGUGCUUGAAACUGAAGUGCAAACUAAAUUAGAAAUUACAGUUCAAGAACCAGACUGUGCGCGUUUGCUAUUAGAAAGUCAGAAUAAAGAGGAUAGUCUUUGUAAAAAAUCUAAGCAAACGAAGAGAAAAAAGGAGCGCCAAACCAAAUUAAAACGAAACCAAAAUGUUGCUGCAGCAGCUCAAAGUGGCAACGUAACUGUGGAGAAACAACUGUCAUCAAAGCCAAUUGAGUGUAAUACCACAAUAAUUAGCGACAAUGAAUGUAAUGCAGAGUUCCUUGAUGAGAGUGAUGUGGACAUUGACUUGAGCGUUGUGCAAGAAGCUGCUGGUGAAACGCAAAGCAAUGAAAGUUGUUGUAGCCCUACUGAUGAAAAAUGCGGCAUUAAACGUACAAAAACUGCAGCUAGCAAGCAGUGUAAGUCGCAGAUAUUCCAGUGUGACAUUUGUCCUACACGUUUCUUCGUCGAACAUCGUUUGGUUGCGCAUAAACGUAGUCAUGAUGGCUUAGUUCCUUAUCCUUGUCCUCGUGAAGGUUGUGAUAAAUCAUUCAAUCGUUGGUACUGCCUAUCGGAGCACCUAAAAGAGCAUGAAGGCAUAAAUCGUUGGUUUACUUGCGAAGUGGAGGGAUGCAGUAAAGUUUACAAACACAAACCCACUUUAGCUAUGCACAUGCGAAGACACCAUCAACGUGGCCCUGAGCUGAAGUCUCACGUUUGCGAAAUAUGUGGUAAAGUUUUUAAAGCGUCUGCCAUACUAAACGACCAUCGUUACACACACAUCGACAAAUCACAGUUGCCUUACGCAUGUGAACAACCCAAUUGUUUACGUCGCUUUUCCAACAAAGAGAAACUGAAAGUGCACCUUAUGCGACAUGCUGGAAUCAAAAACUUUGUUUGCUCCUUCUGUGGCAUGCGGAAAACAACGCGCAAUGAACUGAAAAUACAUAUCAAUUAUCAUACGCUGGAACGUACUUGGCCGUGUCGCUUCUGUACGCAUGUGUGCAACAGUGCUGGCAACUUGAAGAUGCACAUACGUACGGUACACGAACGUGCUAAGGAUUAUGCUUGCCGUUAUUGCGAACGCACUUUCGCCAAACCUGAUACGCGUAAAUAUCAUGAAAUGACGCAUACCGGCGAAAAGCCAAAUGAGUGUGAGCAAUGCGGACGACGCUUCACUCAGCCAGCUGCAUUGCGUACGCAUCGGAAGAUACAUCAAAAGCAACAAAAGCAAUUCACUGAAGAAUUAAGCGCCACUGUUGAUGCAAUCAGCAUUCCACCUGUGAUAACACACGACCAAAGUCUUAGUGACAUAUUGACAACAGAACAAGAAGUGCUAAUGGCACAAGCACUGCCGGUGCAAGUUUGUGGAAGCAGAAAUGAUGGGGCUUUAGAAGACCUUUUUACGGGUAGUUAGAUAUAGUGAUAAGUUAGUUUAUAAGUUAUAAUCUAUUUAGUAUUUAGUUAUGUUAAAAAAUUGUGUUAGAAUAAUAAGUUUUUGAAAUACUAUAUAAAGAUCGUUGUGGUAUAUUUAUAGU